AUGGAGGGCGAUGAGGUUAUCGGUGCACCAAAGCAUCCUGAUUGGCUGCAAAUGGUGCGCAUCAAGGAAGGGGAAGUUCGCCAUGUGAUUGCCUAUGUUUCGACUAGGCUAUCCCGCUAUCGUCCUGCUAUGCGCCGUGACAUUGUCGACCAUCGCGACAUCCUCGUCCUCUCCCUCUUUAGUGGGGGUGAGGUUCUUAACUUAAUGAACAUCUAUUCUGACAAUCAACACACAGCCAUUGAGCACCUCGCUGCUCAUGUGCAUUCUCUACCACCUUUCAUCUAUAUGGCUGGUGACUUCAACUGCGUGUCGAUGACUUGGGAUGACUAUGAGCAUGGCGAGUCGUCAACAGCAAUAUCCUUGCGGGAUACCGCAUCUCAGAUCGGCCUCGAGUGGGCACGACCUUCUAACCAUGGACCGACGAGAAUCAGUCCUAAUCCAAACCAGAGAUCCAAUGUGUUGGAUCUUCUUGCCCAUUCAACCGAGUCCAAACCUACCAAGCGCUCCAAGUCCUGGUGGACGGACAAGUGCUUGGAGACAUUUGGAGUAUAUCAGUUGAGCCAUUCGCUCGCUGACUACAACAAGUUUAAGAAGGCGUGUAAAGAUGCCAAGCGUGAUUUCUUCGAUGAACACAUCGCAGAGAUCGCAACCUCUCGCAAGCGCCCAUGGGACCUGAUGGAGUGGGUCAAACAGCGCAAGCUACCACCCUGUGAGGCUAUUUGCAAUGGCGAUCAGCCUUGCCAUGAUAUGGACGACCUCUGGGACGCCCUGCACGGCACGUACAACUCGGCCUCGGGUCGUGAGUACGACACUUCAGUAUUAGACGAGCUUCCCGACGAGCUGGUCCGUGAGUGGGCUGACUUCUCGGAGCAUGAGUUGUUGAGUGCCCUCAAGGGGUGCUCCAACUCCUCUGCACCAGGACCAGACCAUGUUACAUGGGUCCACCUAAAGGAGCUGCUCAAGGACAAACACGUCCUUAUGCUCUUCAUUGUGUUGGCCAAUGCCUGCCUUCGGGUGGGUCAUUGGCCGCGUAUAUUCAAGGAGUCGCUUUCAGUCAUCGUCCCAAAACCGAAUAAGCCCUCCUAUGCCGUACCGAAGGCUUUCAGGCUGAUCGUACUCCUCAUCACUGUUGGUAAACUUAUCAAAAAGAUGAUUGCCAAUAGGAUACAGUUUGACACUGUCAAGCAUGAUAUCUUCCAUCCCAACCAACUUGGCGGCAUCCGCCAGAGGUCAACUGAGGAUGCUGGAUUGAUUCUGACUCAUCUUGUGCGAGCAGGGUGGGUUAAGGGUCUCCAGACUAGCGCGCUGGCUUUUGACAUCACGCAGUUCUUCCCUUCUAUCAACCAUGAGAUGUUCAUGGCUGUUCUUCGCAAGCAAGGGUUCUCGCCGGUUCUGGCGGAGUUCUUUGCCUCCUAUCUUGUUGGUCAGUCCACAGUUUACUGCUGGAAUACCUUCCAAUCCGACUCACGGUCUGCGGAUGUGGGUGUUGGGCAGGGCUCAGCUCUCUCGCCUGUUAUUUCUUGGCUUUUCAUUGCUCCGGUAAUGAAGGUCUUCUACAUCAAAGCAGCGCCGCUCAACAUGACACUACUUUCCUUUGUGGAUGACGGGACCAUUUUGACCCAAUCCAAACAGCUUGAUGAUAAUAAUGUGGGCCUGCCGGUGCUGGAUGGCAGGCCGCUCACUAUCUACAAACAUGUACACUAUGUGGCCUGGGUACUAAGUAAACUACUAAAAGACAUCCGCCCCCCCAACCACGAGCCUUGUGGCUCAAAUGCCAAAACUCCCACAAAGCCAGACCCACCUCGUGAAAACGGUGACGCGGGAUAA